AGGCUGGUUGGGUUGUUGACUUAGAAAGCAGUUACAGAUGACGCGGUUAUUGCAAGAACUCCUAAAAAAUAUUAGAAGUUAUGAUAACACGAAAAAAAGAAGAAUAGUUAGAUGGAUGCAGAAAUGGGGUAUCCUGAAAAGUAGGAUGCAGUGUCCAAAAUGCAAUCGAAGCAUGCGCCUGGAAAAAUGCGAUCGCAGCGAUGGUUUACGAUGGGUCUGUAAGCAUCACAAAAGUUCACCACUCUCUGUGCGCAAUGGCUCAAUAUUCACCAAUUCUCACACCCCUUUGGUGAAAUGGCUUGAGUUUAUGUACAGGUUUGCACAAGGUUUGCAGUUGAAGCAGCUUGCCAUGAUCAAUGACGGUAUAGCAGGAAGCUCAAAGACACUGACAAGAAUGACAAAAGUACUCAGAAAGGUGUGCAUUGCUGCCCUCAAGAGACUGAGGAUCAGAGGAAUGAGAAUUGGUGGUCAACAUCGAUUUGUUGUUAUCGACGAGAGCAAAUUUGCUCACAAACGAAAGUACCAUCGUGGCCGAUGUGGCAACACUUGGCGGCGUAAGCGCCAGUGGGUCUUCGGGAUGCUAGAGGUUGAUGGUCUUUCCAGAAGACCCAUUCUGAGACUCGUCAAGGACCGCUCAAGGCAAACACUUAUAAGCAAAAUUCAACGACAUAUCAGACCUAGAACAUCAAUCCUUACAGAUGAAUGGCGUGCCUACAACAGACAGCUUUCCCAGUAUGGAUAUCGUCAGUAUUCUGUCUGCCAUAAAAGACACUUUGUUGAUCCAGGGACUGGUGCUCAUACUCAGCAUAUUGAGCGUGCAUGGCAGAAUUACAAGUUGGAAAUAUGGCGUCGUAGAGGAAAUCGUACUACUGAGUCACUGAAAACUCACCUCAAAAUGAUAGAGUGGCACCACUGGUUAGGUGUACGCCAUUAUGAUGGUGUCUUAGGUAGACUUAUUCAUGAUGUAAAAAAGCAUGUCAAGACAAUAUAAAUGUGUGGGAUGCUGUAAUUAACUGUCUUUGCAGUGAUAUGGACCAAAUGCUGCAUUGCUUAACCCCCACAAUUGCACCAUUGUUUUAAUUCAAUUUUGGGUGAAUCG